AUGGCCAAUGUUAAUCCAAAUGAAGCCGUCAGACCAGACUAUGCUCUAGCUGAGUACCAGCAUGAAUGUCAGCAGCUGAUAAAUGAAGGUUUAACCAAACAACAAGCCGUUCAAUCCCUAACAGCUUUAUGGAACAUGAGCAACAAUACAGAGAGACAGCAUUGGGCAGACAGACAAGACCGCUUGCGCAAAGCCUGUCAGCAAGCAGAGGAAGACAAGCUCCAAAAACAACAAGACUGCAAAAAUGAGGAAGAAGUAGCACGGCUAGAGGAGAGGAAGAAAAAUAAGAACAAGUACGUGCCCAUCAAGCGCAGAAAAGUUCCCUUGGACCCUACUAUUCUUCCAGUGCAGUAUGCGACUCAAAGACUCAAAGCAGGCAACUACUGUGAAUUACAUUACUUCACUAACAAAGGUUUAGAUGACACCAGAGUAUCAGUGGCCAUCACCGAACCAGAUGCGCUAGUAAUGUUACCUGCUGCGGAUGGAAUCCACUCCUGGGUCCCCACAGCAGCAGUCAAAGACCCGAAAGCAGCGCCAGUAGUCAAGGACAAAAAUCUUACCUGGAAGGAAUUCAAUGAACCUGCACCACACAUGAUCCUUUCCAUGAAGAUGCAUGACUGGCUGGACGACAGAUAG